UGCCGGAGGAAAUCCGCGAAAACCGGCGUGCCGGGCAUUUUUCCUUACCAUCACAACUCCGCGCGACUUUCCCGCCCUCGCGGAAAAUGUUUAUUUACCCAGAGAUGUGUCAGAGUUGAGACUCCACAUGGUUGUAAAUGAUCUCGUUGACGUUAAUCUACACAAAUACAGACGCAAUAUGGUGGAUGAUAAAUUUUCCAGUGCAAUUUCCUGCUCAGUGGAGAUAUUCCAAGUGAAAGAGUUGCUCUAAAUCACUGGAUGAUUUAGUGGUGAGACGCGGUGGGCCAACGAGGGGGCGAGGCGGGGUCCAGAGGAUCAGUAAAAGAAAAUAAAUAAAUCUCUCUCUCGUCGUACCUGUGCAAGAGAUUCCCUCUCCCGGAAGCACAAAUGCCUGCGCCUCAUCCUCAGCCCGGCAGAUUGUUUCCCUCCGGGCAACAAUAAUUGGUGUAUUGUGUUUGUGUAUCUCUUCACGUUCGGUGUUGUGCUUGAUAGCGUAGUACAAAUAAGAGAGAAUAUAAGAAUAACAGGAAAAGUGUAAGAAACAUUGCUUCUUGGAUUUCGUCUUUUUGGUGAAAAAUUUAUGCUACAAGUCCUCACACACAUAAAUUCACCAUCAAAGAACGGUGAGAGAGAGAGAGAAAGAGCGAGAAGUGAGAAAAAAAUUCGCAUUUAUGUCGGACAAAUAGUCAAUCACGCAGACUACAAAGUGGAGGGUUGAAGGCGAAAAGUGAUCGUCCAGGACGAGAGAGAGCAUUGAGAAAAGGAGCAGAAAGCACAAAAGAAGAGGACAUGGCUGCAGCUGGACCCCGCUGGGAAAAAUUGUCGCCAAGUGAAUUUCAGCAGCUCCAAGAACUCGCAUCAUACUCAACCCGGAAACUUCAGGACGUUUUAAGUGAAUUCACAUCUCCUGAAGCGACAAAUCGAUUCUUGCCCGACGGCGACAUCGACUACGAUGGCUUUCGCAGCUUCUUGGACGCAUUUCUCGAUUGCGAGACACCGGAAGAGUUGUCCAAGCACCUCUUUGUGUCCUUUGUCAAGCCGGCCAUCAACCUGGCUCAAGUUCAGGGAAAGGCACUCAGUCAGAUGGCGGCCAUCAGCAGCAAUGCCGCCUGUGCUCCUGUCACGUCACACACAAAAGGCUCCAUUCCCAAUUUGAAUAGCAUCGUGGAGCUGCCGCCCAACGUCUCACUCGAGCCUCGGCAGAGUUUCGUUGACAAGAUCCACGGUCUGACGGACAAAUUGCAAUCGCUGAGUCAUCUCGGGCAAACUCAACAUGAUUCCACCCUGGAUAAGAAUAAAACUGGAUCGGUUCAUCCGCUGGUGACAGUGACGCCGAGCCCAUUAGGAGGAUUACCGCCUCCGAGACGUUCAGCGGAUUCGAGCCCAUCGCACAGUCACAGCCACAGUCACUCCCAAAUAUCGCGCAACUCUUCGAGGAAGAGCAAUAACUCCGUCAAUUGCAAAUUAGACGACAUUCGCCUAAUGUCGAGGAAGCCUUCCUUCUUUGAUCCGCUCCAGCUCAAGGUACCGCUCAAGGAUGUCGUGUGCUACUUAUCCCUCCUGGAAGCCGGAAGGCCCGAGGACAAAUUGGAAUUCAUGUUCCGCCUGUAUGACACCGAUGGGAAUGGCGUGCUGGACACCACGGAGCUCGAUGCCAUUGUCAAUCAGAUGAUGUCCGUGGCGGAAUACAUUGGCUGGGAUGUCUCGGAAUUGAGGCCGAUUCUGCAAGACAUGAUGACGGAAAUCGAUUAUGACGCCGAUGGGACGGUGUCGCUGGAGGAGUGGCAGCGCGGAGGACUCACCACAAUACCCCUGCUGGUGUUGCUCGGCGUGGACAACACGCUGAAGGAGGAUGGGAUCCAUGUGUGGCGCCUGAAGCACUUCAGUCGCCCGGCCUAUUGUAACCUGUGCCUCAACAUGCUGGUGGGUCUCGGCAAGAAGGGACUCUGCUGCACACUGUGCAAAUAUACCGUCCACGAGCGCUGCGUCCAGCGCGCCCCCGCCUCCUGCAUCAACACAUACGUGAAGUCGAAGAAGCCGAAGGGCGGCGGGGUGCUGCUGCACCACUGGACGGAGGGCAACUGCUACGGGCGCUGCUCCAAGUGCCGGAAGCGCAUCAAGUCCUACCACGGCAUCAGCGGCCUCACGUGUCGCUGGUGCCACAUGAUGAUCCACAAUAGGUGCGCCGCGUCCGUGAAGGCCGAGUGCAACCUGGGCGAGUUCGCCAACCUCAUCAUUCCACCCACGGCCAUCUGUCCGGCCGUCCUGGACCGCCAGCGCUCCGUCAACGUGGCCACGAUGAAGGGCAAGACGCCCACGCCGGCUCCCAUGCACUUCCAGAUCACGUCGGAGUCCAACAUCUGUCCGCUGCUGGUCUUCGUAAAUCCCAAGAGCGGCGGCCGCCAGGGCCACCGCAUCCUCCGUAAGUUCCAGUACAUGCUCAACCCGCGCCAGGUGUACGAUCUGUCCAAGGGUGGGCCGAUGGAGGGCCUGGCCCUCUUCAAGGACGUGCCCAACUUCAAAGUCAUCUGCUGCGGCGGCGACGGCACAGUGGGCUGGGUCCUGGAGGCCAUGGACUCUGUGGACCUCCAAGUGCAACCGGCUGUCGGAGUUAUUCCUCUGGGGACAGGCAAUGAUUUGGCGCGUUGCCUGCGCUGGGGUGGCGGUUACGAGGGUGAGAGCAUUCCCAAGCUCAUGGACAGGAUAUCGCGGGCGAACACGGUGAUGCUGGAUCGAUGGAGUAUUCAGGUGACUAACACGGAGCCGGCAGAAUUGCCGAAGCCUAAGGUACUCCAGGUGACUUUGUCGGAGAAUGUGCAGCGCGUCGUGGAGCUGUCGCAGCGGAUCAUUGUGGAGAAAUCUGUGAUACAGACGUACGAAGAGAUUCGCCGGAACACCACCGAAGUGACCACGGUGGGUGGGCGGGUGAAGACCUCCUCGUCGUCCACCACCAUGGAGAAGCUCACCGAGUUCACGUCCUCCUCCUCGCGGGACAGCGAUGCGUCGCAGGUGAGCGUCCAGGACACCGCCAAUGGGACCAAUAACUGCCUCUCCAUGCCCGACACGUCCGUGGGACGCGUGGUGAAGAGCAUCAGCGAGGGUGAUCUGCUGCUCACGCGCCCUUCCAGCGCUCCUGACCGCCAGGAGACCUCCCUGCCCGCCCCACCGCGUCCUCUGAAGCCGCAAUCUGAGCAGGACUUCGCCGUGCCCUACAACAUCAUCAACAACUACUUCUCCGUGGGCGUGGACGCCGCCAUCUGCGUGAAGUUCCAUCUGGAGCGCGAGCGGAAUCCGCACAAGUUCAACAGUCGCAUGAAGAACAAGCUCUGGUACUUUGAGUACGCCACGUCGGAAACCUUCGCCGCAUCGUGCAAGAAUCUGCAUGAAAACCUGGAGAUUGUGUGUGAUGGAGUCUCUCUGGAUCUGGCCAAUGGACCACAUCUGCAGGGAAUAGCCCUGCUUAACAUCCCCUACACUCACGGCGGCAGCAAUCUGUGGGGCGAACAUCUGUCGCAGAAGAGGAUCCGCAAGAACGGACCCUUUCGCUCGGCCAGGAAGUUCAGAAGCAGCGACAAGGAUCUCUCCACGACCAGCUUCAACUCAGUGGAUCUCUCUGUGGCCAUUCAGGACAUCGGCGACCACCGAAUCGAGGUGAUCGGACUGGAGAAUUGUCUGCACAUGGGACAGGUGAGAACGGGCUUGAGAGCGUCCGGACGUCGACUGGCGCAAUGCAGUGAAGUGAUUAUCGUGACGAAGAAGACAUUUCCCAUGCAAAUCGACGGGGAGCCGUGGAUGCAGGGCCCAAGUCGGAUUCAAAUCACACACAAGAACCAAGUUCCCAUGCUGAUGGCGCCACGGUCGGAGAAAGGCAAAGGAUUUUUCAGCUUCUUAAAGACAAACCUGUUAAAUGUUGUGUAAAUUCAAAACUGAUUGUGACAAAGUGUACAAAACAACUGAUUAGACUUAGGUUCUUUUAGGGUAGAACUCGCUACAAGAAUACUCUUAUUCUUUGACGUUUCAAAAACAACUAUUGAGUGGAAUUGUUCACCAAUUGUAUAAAAAGUACAUUGAUCUGGUUAAAAGCUUCCUCAAUAAAACUGUAUUUAGAGAAAGAUAAAGAAAACAAAACUGUAAAGUAUUGAAUGAGUGAAAAAAUAGCAUUUAAAAUUAUUUAACAUAAUAUGAAGUGUCUCUAGUCAUUAUAGGAAUAUUAUUCACUAAAUGUAGGCCAUAUUGAGAAGAAGAUGAAAAGUUUCUGUGAAAAAAGUGUAUUUUAUUGAAGGUGUUUCAAUGAUAUCAAAAAAAAGAAAAGUAUAUAGAAAACUAUGGAAUCUCUAAUUAUUGUUAUUCAUGGAUUUUAUGUUCAAAAUGAUUUUCUUUAGUGUCUAAAGAGCAAAUGGAUUAUUGAACAAACAAUAAAUUUGCUUCGGAAACACCACAGUAGCAGUUAACAUUUAAAAAGGAAAGUAAACCAAAAGAUCUUUGAGAAGAAAAAAAUUGAAGAUAUAAAAAGUAUUAAAAGAAGUAGAAUAUUUUAGGGAAAAUAUUAUCUGAUAUUGUAUUCUUAUAAACAACAAAAAAAAAAGCAUAGACAAAAAAUUCAAAAAAUGUUCUCUAUCAAGCGACAAAUGUAUUAAAAAAUUAAAGAAAAAAAAGUCACUUAAACAACUAAUCUAGCGAUUUAAGAUAGAAAAUAUUGGUAAAAUGAAGAGAAAAAAGAAAUUAAUGUAAAGAAUAAUGGAAAAUAAUAGCUUUUUUCGUGUCUUAGAUUCUUGAUCUCACCUGAAGAAUUCAACUGAGACAAGAAUUAAUAUUAUAUUGUUGGUAUUCUCAGUCUUAAAGGUGCCACAUUUUGAAUUUAACUUUAAGUUCUUCGUUUUUUCCUCUCCAUUAAACAUUUAAAAAAAAACUCUAAAAGAGAAAAUCCCCAGUGAAAUUAAAAUUCUUUGAAAUCUUGUAUAAAAAAA